AUGAGUAAUUUGAGUGGGGCAUUUAAUGCAUUUAAAGCAUUAUACAAGCCAUCCUUAAUUAAACCUAGCUCAAUUUAUAAUACAUUCAAUGGCAUACCAAUACCAUUAAAUGAUAAAAUUAAGGCAAUUGUAGUGGAUAAAGAUAAUUGUAUUUCAUAUCCUCAUCAAAAUCAUAUAUGGGGACCAUAUAACGAUCAAUGGGCAAAAUUAAAAAAGUAUUAUCCUGGUAAAGCAAUACUGAUCGUAAGUAAUACAGCAGGCUCUAAGAGUGAUCAUAGUUUAAAAGAAGCCAAACUUCUCGAAGAAAAAACCGGUGUUACUGUAUUCAGACAUUUUGUAAAAAAACCGGGCUGUCAUCAAGAAAUAUACGACUACUUUGUUGAAAAUAAAAUAGUGGAAAAACCUGAUGAAGUUGCUGUAAUUGGAGACAGAUUGUUUACGGACAUCAUGAUGUCUAACUUGAUGGGCUCAUAUGGGAUAUGGUUGAAAUAUGGAGUCAAGAAAUCAAAUAAUCCUUUAAUAAUAUUUGAAAGAUUUCUCUCUUUAUUUUUUUGA